AUGGCCACAUCCGAUUCGGUUAAGUUGGUUGUGAUAGGUGAUGGUGCUGUGGGAAAAACGUGUAUGUUGAUGAGUUAUACUUCCAACGACUUUCCCAGCGACUAUGUCCCAACUGUGUUUGACAAUUACGUUGCAAACGUGUCGGUUCAAAAGAAGGUUGUGAGUCUUGGGCUUUGGGACACAGCUGGUCAAGAAGAGUUUGAUUCGCUUAGGCCACUAUCGUACCCUGGCACAGACAUAUUUCUUCUUUGUUAUGCAGUAAAUAGCAGUGCCUCGCUUGCAAAUUUAAAGGACAAAUGGUACCCCGAGAUCCAAAAGUAUUGUAAAGACGAAUUUAAAAUGAUGGUUGGUCUUAAGGUUGAUCUUCGAGAAAACGCGCAAGAGGUCAAAAAAAUAGAAGUUGAAGGGAACAAGAUGAUAACUCCCGAGGAGGGACAGAGUAUGUGUACCGAACUGGAUUGCGCGAAGUACAUGGAGUGCUCCGCCCUAACUCGAAAAGGGUUAGUUGAAGUCUUUGAGACGGCCGUUGAAAUGGUUCUGAAUAAAAAUAUCGAAGACAAAGCCACAAAAGCAAAAACGCCCAAAAAGAAGUGUGUUAUUCUCUAA